UGGACGGACCUGAGUGACUUCAGAGGACGGAGGCUGCGUGUCGCUGAAGCUGCAGCAGGAGGCUCGGCUGGACGCCCCCUCACCAUGAAGAAGCAGGUGACAUUUGCAGAAAACCAGAACAUGCACAGGGCUCAUCACCGUGAGGCUUUGCAGAGGUGUGAAACCACAUACAUGUCAAAAACAGAGCUGCCGGCCUCGAGACACGAACCGAAGCUCCAGGGUGUGGUGACGGUGCACAUCCCCAAGACCGUGACGGCCGGCCCGUUUCUGAAGCAUGCGGAGCUGAGCCCGGCUCAGAGGGAGUUCCUGUACACCGUGGCGGCGUCCUGCAGUGGUGAGCGCGUGCGCAGCCUCAUCACACGGCACUACCUGAACGUGCUGCACAGGAGCGCUGCAGCAGGCUUUGGCGUCGACAGAGACGACGUGUUUGUGAUCCCAGAUGUUCAGACUGGAGAGGAACACGACGAGAGAGAAAAACAUGACUCAGAACUUCCUAAUUGGACAAAACAGACAAACAGUGGAGCAAAGAAUCCUGGGAAAUCCCUCCUCCCAAAAAUCCCAACCGGACAAAUCAGGUCUAAUACCACAUCAACACCAAAAAUCAAAAAGUCAAAGAAACACACAACAAGGGUGCCCAGUUUGAAAAGAAGCCCACCAAGAUGGAGGACGAAGCUGCUGGAGGAGGAAGAGGAGGACGAGCCAGAUGAGUCCAUGAGUGAAUGCAUGAGUUCACUUUCUAUGGGAGACGACGACAACGACACGCUGACAGAUUUAUAACAGAUUUAUGGCCUUGAGUUGUCAUAUUAACAUCUUGUAGCAUCAACAGCGUUCACUUCUGACCAGUAUUUCUUUUUUUAUCAUAUGGUGGAGGUCGUUGGUGGGACAGAGAGCUGCUGUUUUAUUUAUUUAUUCCAUUAACAUUCUGUUUCAUCCAAUUUCCUGUCUGAUACAAUUUCCCCGUCACCAGGAUAUUACAGGAGUAUAUACAACAUCUUAAAAGGGAUGUUGCAGCUGUAUUUUAACAUAAAAUAUUGCUUAGUGGCUUAUAUUAAGGGUAAGAUUUUUUUUUCCAGAUAUUUUUUCCCCUUUAAUUGAGUUUUGAGGGCAUUUUGUUCCUUUUCAGACUCAACUUUACUGGGCUAUAAUGAUACAUUUGAUACAUUUGUAUUGGAAACACUAAAUUUUUGCCAAUAAGAUUUUUUUUUUUUUAAAUCAGAACAUACCACAAAGUAAAAACAGAUGAGUUUUCUGAAGCAAAUUGCUUUUUUUUUGCACCUUUUAGUGACCAACAGGCAACAGUUUUCGUUUUCACGUGUAAAAAAAAAAAAAAAAAAAAAAAACAGAUAAAUGAAGGGUCAAAUGCAUAAAGAGUUAUUCCAACUUGUAUGGGGCUUGUUUUGCCACUUUGUGUUCUACCAUCAUGAGCUGUUCAUAAUCUUUGGCCUAAGAGCAUGGAGCAUCUUUGACCCAGCUGCAACAUAAUCAAAUGAUCCACACACACUUCAAAACGGCUGGUGUGACCGCAUCAGGCUGGCAAAACCAACCUCUGCUUGUUUAGACUUGUCUUUUUUUUUUUUUAUUAUUAUUAUUUCUAAUGAAUUGUGUCCCAUUAAUCUUGUUUUUCCAUAUUUUGUGUUCUGAACUAUCUUUUCAUAUUCACUGGCAUUCAUGUUGAGUCAUUUUAAAUAUAAUUUCACACUGAACUUUGUAAACUUGCUCUAAUUUUAUUUCCCACUACAUGUAUCAUUGGAGGCUGUAAAUAAAUAAAUUCAGUCAGUAACACCUUUCUAAAAGAACAAUUUUACACAGUUUCACCCGAAGCAACUACAACUGUCAGGAUAAAAUCACAAACAAGCAGAUAGAGUCAAAUUAGAUCUUUAUUGUGGGACUGAAAGAGGGUCGACUACAGGAAACUAAAGGCCUGUGGGUUACAUGUCCGGGAUGUGGUAAAGGGGGAAAAAUAAAAUAAAA